GUCUUUAGCCCUUUGAUUUUUUUUGGCAUGCUUGUGAAUUUGCUUUUCUUUUUUAAAAUCCCCCUUAUUAUAGAUUUGUAUAGAUUUGGUUGAAGUCACAGAUGCCAUAUUCUUCAUCUUUAUAAUGCAAGUUUUCUUUCCAGGUAGAAGGACAAGAAAAUAAUGAGCCAAUGCCAUAGAAACGCAAAGGGUUAAAGGUUUUUCUUUUACUUUUGUUUUGGGUACGCUUUCUAUACUUUGAACAAAUGUGUUUUUCUGCUCAAAAUACUUUCAAACUAUUGAAAGUUUUCAUUCCAAAUCCUAGACAUUUAGGCUUGUUACUUUUGAGGAACUGUUUCUCACGUUAGAGCUCCCCUGUAUUGCUCUAAAUAUAGUUUAGUAAAUGCACCUACUUUGCUCUAAGCAUACUUAAAGUUAACAGAAAAGUAUGUAUACAAAAAGACUUUGAUAUUUUUAAUAGUUGGAGUCUGUUUUGGUAAUUUUAGUGUGCAGGUCAGCACAAGGGGCAUAGUGAGCCUGAUGGAAGCUUUCCUCAGGUGAGUGAGUUUCAAAAGCAGAAUUAGGUGCCUGUUUCUUAGAAUAGAUUCUGCUGCAGGUUACAAAUUAGACUUUCAGCCUGCAUGAAUUAGUAGGGAUAUUCUUUUUUUACUUGCAUAAUUGUAAUUGAUUUAAACAUGUAUGUCAGAAUUCACAGGCCCAUACUAACUGUCCUUAAUUUCUUUCCUACAGCAGUACUGCUAUAUGCCAGUCCUGUCUGCAUUCUUAAGGGUGCAGUUCAACACAUCCUCUCUAGAUUAUGGUGAAAAAGUAUUCCAAAGGAAGUCUUAUCAGAGCUAGUGUCAGAAAGAAUGACACUAUCAAUUGGGCAUGAUCUUCAGCAUAGGAAAUGUCUUAGAAUUUUAUUAUUUUUUCCUAAAUUUUGAUGCUAUACUACUUGUAUAGCAAAUUAUCACAUUACUAAAACACAGUGUGCCUCUUUGAGUCUUAUUAUGUACUGUUUGGGCUUCUUUAAGAUAUUUUGAAGUUUGAAAAGCAAAUACUGAAACUUUGACCAAGAGACUAACACAUCUCUUUGUAUACCACUUUUCUCCUGUGUGCAACAUAACUGGUAGAAGUAAUAUAUUUCAAGUAAUGUAUUUCCAGAUGUAAUUUAUACUUUCUAAGAAAAUAAAAAUGUUUUGGAGUCAACAAAACUUACAAAGAAUGAAGCCCUUUUUAGUAACAUGGGAUCAGAAUCAGAUCACAGGUGUAUUUUUAAAAGUCAGAUUUUCUAAACGAUAACUUUUAGAACAUUGUAUGGAGAACUUAUCUAGUUAUAGUUAUUUGUAGUCAGGAUUUUAACAGCUUGCAACAGGUAAUGUUUUGAAUAUAAAUAUCUUUCCAAAGUGUUACUAAUGGUAAAGAGAUAAUUUUCUAGGCUUCUAUUCUGCUGCUUGAAGUCAGAACUGCUGAUGGAGACAAAGGCACGAAAGUGUACGUAUUCCGGAUUAGCAACCCAGGAACCCAUCACUACUGAAGACUCUAAACUGUGCUGUCAUUUUGUUUUUAUAUGCAUUAAAAUAUUUGUUUUAAACUGCCGUAGAUAUGUUUGUGUUCAAACAGGUUAAAUUGAUCAGCAAACUCAAUAAAAAGUAAGAUGUAUAAUUAUUAAAGUUUUCCAUCAAAAAAUAAAUUAAAUGAUUAUGGAAUAACAUAAUAUUAGAGCAGGGAAAAUAAAUCAGUUGAACCUAAUUGUCUUUUAUUUAUUGUACUCUUGUCCUGUUGCUGUUCUUUUCUGCAGGAGGGAAGACCCCUGAUCCUAAAAUGAAUGCUAGGACUUACAUGGAUGUAAUGCGAGAACAGCAUUUAACCAAAGAAGAGAGAGAAAUUAGGCAGCAGCUAGCAGAAAAAGCUAAAGCUGGAGAACUAAAAGUUGUCAAUGGAGCAGCAGCGUCCCAGCCUCCCUCAAAACGAAAACGUCGUUGGGAUCAAACUGCCGAUCAGACUCCUGGUGCCACUCCCAAAAAGCUAUCAAGUUGGGAUCAAGCAGAGGUUCUUCUGUUAUCAUGAGCUGUCUGAUGCCCUGCAUUGCCCACCACCUGGCUCUGUUCAAACUACCCCUGGCCAUACCCCUUCCUUAAGAUGGGAUGAGACACCAGGUCGUGCAAAGGGAAGUGAGACUCCUGGAGCAACCCCAGGCUCAAAAAUAUGGGAUCCUACACCUAGUCACACACCAGCGGGAGCUGCUACUCCUGGACGCGGCGAUACGCCAGGCCACGCAACACCAGGCCAUGGAGGUGCAACUUCCAGUGCUCGCAAAAACAGAUGGGAUGAGACCCCCAAAACAGAACGAGAUACUCCUGGGCAUGGAAGUGGAUGGGCUGAGACUCCUCGAACAGAUCGAGGUGGAGAUUCAAUUGGUGAAACACCAACUCCUGGAGCCAGUAAACGGAAGUCCCGUUGGGACGAAACACCAGCUAGUCAGAUGGGUGGAAGCACUCCUGUUCUGACGCCUGGAAAGACACCGAUUGGCACGCCAGCCAUGAACAUGGCUACCCCUACUCCAGGUCAUAUAAUGAGUAUGACUCCUGAACAGCUUCAGGCUUGGAGGUGGGAAAGAGAAAUUGAUGAGAGAAACCGCCCACUUUCUGAUGAAGAAUUAGAUGCCAUGUUUCCAGAAGGAUAUAAGGUACUUCCCCCUCCAGCUGGUUAUGUUCCCAUUCGAACUCCAGCUCGAAAGCUGACGGCCACUCCAACGCCUUUGGGUGGUAUGACUGGUUUCCACAUGCAAACUGAAGACAGAACAAUGAAAAGUGUUAAUGACCAACCAUCUGGAAAUCUUCCAUUUUUAAAACCUGAUGAUAUUCAGUACUUUGAUAAACUUUUGGUUGAUGUUGAUGAAUCAACACUUAGUCCAGAGGAGCAAAAAGAGAGAAAAAUAAUGAAGCUGCUUUUAAAAAUUAAGAAUGGAACACCUCCAAUGAGAAAGGCCGCAUUGCGUCAGAUUACUGACAAAGCUCGUGAAUUUGGAGCUGGUCCUUUGUUUAAUCAGAUUCUUCCUCUACUGAUGUCUCCCACACUUGAGGAUCAAGAGCGUCACUUACUUGUGAAAGUUAUUGAUCGAAUAUUAUACAAACUUGAUGACUUAGUUCGACCAUAUGUGCACAAGAUCCUUGUGGUCAUCGAACCAUUGCUGAUUGAUGAAGAUUACUAUGCUAGAGUGGAAGGUCGAGAGAUUAUUUCUAAUUUGGCAAAGGCUGCUGGUCUGGCUACUAUGAUCUCUACCAUGAGACCUGAUAUAGAUAACAUGGAUGAGUAUGUUCGUAACACAACAGCUAGAGCUUUUGCUGUUGUAGCCUCUGCCCUGGGCAUUCCUUCACUGUUGCCCUUCUUAAAAGCUGUGUGUAAAAGCAAGAAGUCCUGGCAAGCGAGGCACACUGGUAUUAAGAUUGUGCAGCAGAUAGCUAUUCUUAUGGGCUGUGCCAUCUUGCCUCAUCUCAGAAGUUUAGUUGAAAUCAUUGAGCAUGGUCUUGUGGAUGAGCAACAGAAAGUUCGGACCAUUAGUGCUUUGGCCAUUGCUGCCUUGGCUGAAGCAGCAACUCCUUAUGGUAUUGAAUCUUUUGAUUCUGUGUUAAAGCCUCUAUGGAAGGGUAUCCGUCAACACAGAGGAAAGGGUCUGGCUGCUUUCUUAAAGGCUAUUGGGUAUCUUAUUCCUCUUAUGGAUGCAGAAUAUGCCAACUACUAUACUAGAGAAGUGAUGUUAAUCCUUAUUCGAGAAUUUCAGUCACCUGAUGAAGAAAUGAAGAAAAUCGUGCUGAAGGUGGUAAAGCAGUGUUGUGGAACAGAUGGUGUAGAAGCAAACUACAUUAAAACAGAGAUUCUUCCUCCUUUUUUUAAACACUUCUGGCAACACAGAAUGGCUUUGGAUAGAAGAAAUUACCGACAGUUAGUUGAUACUACCGUGGAGUUGGCAAACAAAGUAGGUGCAGCAGAAAUUAUAUCCAGGAUUGUGGAUGAUCUGAAAGAUGAAGCUGAACAGUACAGAAAAAUGGUGAUGGAGACAAUUGAGAAAAUUAUGGGCAACUUGGGAGCAGCAGAUAUCGAUCAUAAACUUGAAGAACAGCUGAUUGAUGGUAUUCUUUAUGCUUUCCAAGAACAGACAACAGAGGACUCUGUAAUGUUGAAUGGCUUUGGCACAGUGGUCAAUGCUCUUGGCAAACGAGUCAAACCGUACUUGCCCCAGAUCUGUGGUACAGUUUUGUGGCGUUUAAAUAACAAAUCAGCGAAAGUUAGGCAACAGGCAGCUGACUUGAUUUCUCGAACUGCUGUUGUCAUGAAGACUUGUCAAGAGGAAAAAUUGAUGGGGCACUUGGGUGUUGUUUUGUAUGAGUAUUUGGGUGAAGAGUACCCUGAAGUAUUGGGCAGCAUUCUUGGAGCACUGAAGGCCAUUGUAAAUGUAAUAGGUAUGCAUAAGAUGACCCCACCAAUUAAAGAUCUCCUGCCUAGACUCACCCCCAUCUUAAAGAACAGGCAUGAAAAAGUACAAGAGAAUUGUAUUGAUCUUGUUGGACGUAUUGCUGACAGGGGAGCUGAAUAUGUGUCUGCAAGAGAAUGGAUGAGGAUUUGUUUUGAGCUUCUGGAGCUCUUAAAAGCUCACAAAAAAGCUAUUCGUAGAGCUACAGUCAACACAUUUGGUUAUAUUGCAAAGGCCAUUGGCCCUCAUGAUGUAUUGGCUACACUCUUAAACAACCUCAAAGUUCAGGAAAGGCAGAACAGAGUUUGUACCACUGUAGCAAUAGCUAUUGUCGCUGAAACAUGUUCGCCUUUCACGGUACUACCUGCCUUAAUGAAUGAAUACAGAGUCCCUGAGCUGAAUGUUCAAAAUGGAGUGUUAAAAUCCCUUUCCUUCUUAUUUGAAUAUAUUGGUGAGAUGGGAAAGGACUACAUUUAUGCUGUAACACCAUUACUUGAAGAUGCUUUAAUGGAUAGGGACCUUGUACACAGACAGACCGCUAGCGCAGUGGUGCAACACAUGUCACUUGGGGUUUAUGGAUUUGGUUGUGAAGAUUCACUGAAUCACUUGUUGAACUAUGUAUGGCCCAAUGUGUUUGAGACCUCACCCCAUGUAAUUCAGGCAGUUAUGGGAGCCCUGGAGGGCCUGAGAGUUGCUAUUGGACCAUGUAGAAUGUUACAGUACUGUUUACAGGGUUUGUUUCACCCGGCCCGGAAAGUCAGAGACGUGUACUGGAAAAUUUACAACUCCAUCUACAUUGGUUCCCAGGAUGCUCUCAUAGCACAUUACCCAAGAAUCUACAAUGAUGAUAAGAACACCUAUAUUCGUUAUGAACUCGACUAUAUCUUAUAACUUUAUUGUUUAUUUUGUGUUUAAUGCACAGCUGUUUCACCUCUUAAACUUGCUUCGAUUUGGUGAUGUAAACUUUUAAACAUUGCAGAUCAGUGUAGAACUGGUCAUAGAGGAAGAGCUAGAAAUCCAGUAGCAUGAUUUUUAAAUAACCUGUCUUUGUUUUUGAUGUUAAACAGUAAAUGCCAGUAGUGACCAAGAACACAGCGAUUACACACACUAUACUGGAGGGAUUUCAUUUUUAAUCAUCUUUAUGAAAACUUAGAAUUCAUUCCUUGUGUUUAAAGGGAAUGUUUAAUUGAGAAAUAAACAUUUGUGUACAAAAUGCUAACUUGUGUGUGUUUUUUGAACAUGACUUGUAAAAUGCGGAACUUUGAUAACGUAUUGGUUUGUGUAGAGUAAGCGGCUUAAUUUUAUUUUCUGUUACCUGGUUUAUAGAAAGUAGUUAGCAGAAUAUAAACUAUAUAAAGUGAUGGUAUCUUUGUCAAAUUCCAUUGUUCUGUUGAUAAUGACAUCAAGAAGACUAGUAGCUUUGGAGGUGUUCACCUCAAAUUAGCACAACUGUCCCAUCACCAUAGAGAAUAUAGCACCUUUGCUAACCUGUCUUGAAUAAUACUAUUUUGCACUUACAUAGCGCCUUUCAUCUCUUGAUUUCUCAAAAUGCUUUAUGAACAUGUUAAGGAGAAAUGAUUCAAGUCCUGUUUAACUCUUGAGUCUGUUUAGAAAGUGGGGAAUGUAUCUUUACUUUGAAACUGCUUUCUACCUAAGUAUUGCUAAUAGAAUAAGACAAUCUUUGGGCUCUUUCCCAUGUCAUAAGCCAGUACUCAACAAUGUAUUCAGUAAAUACUUGUUGAAUACCUACUGUAUACCAGCCACUGUGCUUAGUGUGGGGGAUGCAAAGGUGCUUUUGACCUGCCCCUUGCCCUUAAGAAAUGCAAUAUAAUGGAAAAGGGAAGACACAUCUAGUUGCAUAUUACUCAUGUGCUGUGAUACUACACACUGGCAGCAGCUGAAAUGUCUAGGUUUAUGUAAAUGGAUCUGUAGAUGUCAACCAUAAGUUGGAAACCAUUUAAUUUUAGAGGAACCAAACAUUAAGGUAGUGCUUACCAUGUUUUGGCAACUACUUAUAUUUUCAGUUUUUCCUAGAAAUUUCCUGACCAAAAAUUUCUUCGUUUUAGUCCUUUACCCAUAGCAGUUUUACCUCCUUAUUUUAAUACUUUGGUGAACUCGAAUGGGAAAUGAGAUUCUGCAGCUGAGUAAAUACGGGAUGGCUUUGCUACUCUAAGUAAAACUGUUAACACUGCGACUAGGGGUCUGUGCCUCUAGCUGUUAACACCCUGUGUUGGAGGCUUACAUGACCUUUUGUAAUUGGCUGACUUUUACAAAAUUAAUACUGAGCAGUAAGGGACUCUUCAGGCAGAAAGUUGUAACUCCUUACUGUUCCUUGUGUAAUGUUGUGACAACGUGUCAGUGUGUCCUAAAACAAUUUUCCAGAUCCCCUUUUUAUUCUUGAAAGUUUUUGUAACAGUAGCCCCCCUGUAACUUUACAUUUUGCUAUUCUUUGUAGUUAAUAUCAAAUGACGUUCAGUAAUUUCUAAUCAUGAAAACUGAAGAAAAUGGUUUCAAGCCAGAAUUUGGUUUUAAACCGGUCUUGAAAAAAUUUAGUUACAGUUUCACUUCAAGUAGUUGAGUAACUUCAAUUUGCUUGGGCCUUACUAUUUAUGGAAAAUAUAUUUGCUUUGUAGUGGCAAAAUGGAGCAAAGGAGACUGCUUUAUAUGACUUUUACUGAUGGCAAAUAAUCUGAAGACAGGUGAAGGAAAUACAGCUAUGACCUUAAAGGAUGGGACCAAAUAGAGGCUCAUAGACGUUUGGAUAAUUUUAUAUCCUUAUUAUUGAACAAGGAAAGCAUUUUGUGAUAUACCCAUGUGAAAGACGCUAUGUGAAGUUUUAACUCGUUCAAAGACUUUUUCUUUCUCUCUUUUGGUGUUUCUUAAAGCCAAACUUAAGCAGGAAGAAAAUGUUCUUAAGGGGUGACUGGGUGGGUUUUUCUGUGGGCUUUUGUUGGUUUCUCUGUGGGCCCUCUAAUGGAAUUGAUCUCUUUGGCUGUUCAAUUUUUUCAUACUGUAUUUUUAAAAUUUGUUGUACGGUGCCCUGUGAGCAUCAAGUACCACCAGAUGAAUAAAACUUACUAUAUCUAAA